CAAUAGCGAUGGCUCACAGCUUCACACAGGAGUAUUUUCAGAUCCCCGUGGUGACCCGAGCAUACACGACCGCCUGUGUCCUCACCACCGCUGCCGUGCAACUUGAAGUCAUCACCCCCUUUCAGCUCUACUUUAAUCCAUACCUCAUCAUCACAAGAUACCAGAUAUGGCGCCUGAUUACCAGCUUCCUCUUCUUUGGUUCUCUUGGAUUCAGUUUCGUGUUCAACAUCAUCUUUCUUUAUCGAUACUGUCGGAUGCUGGAGGAAGGCUGUUUCCGGGGAAGAACGGCUGAUUUUGUUUUCAUGUUCCUGUUUGGAGGAAUCAUGAUGACUCUGUUCGGUCUGUUUGCCAACGUCUUCUUCCUGGGUCAAGCCUUCAUCAUCAUGCUGGUGUAUGUUUGGAGUAGAAGACAUCCGCUCAUACGCAUGAACUUCUUUGGGCUCCUGAACUUCCAGGCACCAUUUCUCCCCUGGGUGCUCAUGGGAUUUUCGCUGCUGCUCGGAAACUCCAUCGUGGUCGACCUGCUAGGUAUCAGUGUCGGACACAUGUAUUAUUUCCUGGAAGACGUGUUUCCAAACCAGCCGGGAGGAAGAAAGCUGCUGAUGACACCAGAACUUCUGCGGGCCAUGUUUGACCGGCCAGAAGACCCAGACUACCUUCCCCUACAAGAAGAGCAGGGUGGAGAUCUGCAGCAAUAUGAGGAGCCGCACAACUAAUUGCUCUAAGAUUCCAGAAAUCAGGAGAAACCAGCUGUCAGAAACACAGACAGGCAGUCAGGAUAUGAUUUGUGGAGCCAUGAGUCCUUUCACAGUUAAGAUAGACUUAAAGUCAGCAUCAUGAAAGUGUUUUUUUUUGCCCAAACAUUUUGGAGUUCACAUUCACACUAAGCAUGUUUAGUUUAACUACUAGUUGUUCAUUUGUAAUAGUAGCACAGAGAUGGCUGAAAAAAGUCUCAGUUCUCGA